GAUUAUGCUGCUGUUGCCACAGAAACUUAGCGACCAGUGGAAAGAGAGAGUGCAGAGGGGUGGGAAGUCCACGCAGAGAAAAGCCCAGGAGCUGAUGCUAUAGAGGUGCAGACAACCCUUUGCCCCCACAGCCGACACAGGAUUCUUUAGGUGACUUCGAUUUUUUUUUUAGAGUCCGUCCAGUCUGCCAACAUGCUGCAUCCUUUAAUUAUCGGCAUUAUGACCGUAAACACAUCUCUAACCGUUGUCUAUUGGACCUUCAUCCUGGGCGAUGCCUACCUCAAGUGGUUGUCGGAGCCAGAAGACAAACCCAAAAAGGUGGUCACACCAGCCUGAGGGAGCUGUAAAUAACAUGGAUCUACCUGACGAAGUGACUGGGUGUUGUUGUUAUUUUGCUUAGAAGUAGUCUGCAAGUGCAGCUUGUAGUGCUUUUUGUGGAAUCAAGUUGGCAAUUGUCUGCUUCCCUUAUUUUUGUUUGCCCUGAGAAGACUUGGAAACCUUUUGUAAACUUCAGAACUAUACUGGACCGAAUGAAUCCUGCAAGUAAAUGAGAAAGACAUCAUUAUUCCAGAGCUGUGUCUAUAGAAUUCAUACCAGUUUGGAAGUAAUUUCAUUCACAAGGCAAAGAAAAGAGCUGAGGAUCAGUCUCAAUAACAGAGCGCAGUGGGGGAGCUCGGAUCGGCACCAAGACAGUAAAUCUGUCACCACCUAAAGACACAGCCCCAGGGCUUCACCACAUCCACAGAAUCACAUAAAGAGCUUCAUAAACCAACUCCACCAAAGCUGCCAAACUAUGAACCGACAACCAACCGCGUCCCUGAAUGCCCCAGCGGGAGCUCUGCUUUUGAAUGCCACACAGCUGGCGUUUGAGCACCGACAGCUCCUGCAGUUGUCGAGGCGGAAGGAGGAGGAGGCCUAUUUUGUGGACUACAUACCCCCAGCAAGAGAUGCUAUAACUCUGCCGCGCAAUGUAGUCUACAUCCUAGUAGGGGUGGUGCUGGUUAUAGUGGCCACUUACGCCAUAGUGGGACACCUCAUUAAAGACCUGAUGCAUGACCUGGCAGACUGGAUUCUUGGGCCCAAACCAACAGAGGAUGAUUCAGAAGCAGGGGAAGCAGAAAUAGAGGAAGAACGGCGGCUGAGCUCUGCCAGUAAGCUGAGGGAGGAAGACACCUUGAGGAUGCAGGAAGAAAAGGACGGACUGCUGCCCGGUUUCCACCAGGGAGAUGGAGGCUGUCGCUGUCCAUCUACCCCUCCACCGAUGAGAAGCUCCAUUACUUCAUCAUUCCCCAGAGAAAAAAGAAUAUCUGUGCAUAGCGUGACCUUUGCUUGCCCCAUCGCCCCUUAUGUCACUUCCCUCUGAGCUGUCAUCACUUUGUCAAAGCAGAUCUCUUUUUUUUUGUCGCAAAUAGUCAUGCAUCAGCUAAGCUAUGUUUGUUUUAUGUAAAAAAUAAACAAAUGUUAUAGCUAUAGUUUGUAUUUAUUUGAGAAGAAAAUGCUUUGUUUUUAUUACUUAUUAACAGGGAUCCAUAUUAUCAGUCCUUCAACUAUUCCGCACUAUAUAAAUGUUUUUCCAGUUUCUCAUGCAAUAAAAUGUAAGUGAAUUAUGGAAAAAGAUGCAAAUGUGCUCAUAUUCUUGUACGUUUCUGAGCAGUGAGGCCGUCUUAGUCAUCGCCCCCCCUCUCCCCCCACCAUGUUGCUGUAAUGCGUUUCUGAGGAUAAGAUACAUACGUCACUUUUCCUGUUCUGGUGUUGGACUUAACUUCUCUCCAGUAAACAACUCGAUAAUAUAAGUGUG